GUUUCUAGUUUAUCAACAUUGGAAUUGAAUUACUGGUUAAAAAUGGAAGAUACAACAUCAUCGACCCUUUCAACUUCAACUCAAUUUUCAUCAUCAACUCAACUUUCAACAAUUUCAACUAGUUCAUCAUCGAUCAAAGGCAAAACUGAACUAUCAAGUAAAACUCACAAAAGUAAACAAAUGCCUACAGUGACCAUGAAGAAACGUCGUAUGGCUGCAAAUGCACGGGAACGAAAACGAAUGAAAAGUCUUAAUGUGGCCUUUGAUAUGUUAAGAAGUGUUGUACCAGAUACUCAACGUAAAUUGUCCAAAUAUGAAACUCUUCAAAUGGCUCAAAAAUAUAUAGCUUCUCUAAAUUUUAUAUUAAUGAGUGAUGCAUUACCUACUGGAAAUUUAACGCCAACCUCAACUUGUGCAUAAAAAAGUCGCUAUUUUACAUCAUUUUUAUCUUUUUUUAAAUAUUUUUGUAUUGUAAUAUUAAAUAUUGUAUAUGUAAUCAAAGUUAUGUAAAUUAUUCAAUAAAUUAUCACAAUAUAUGAAACAU